CUCUCUUUUUGGGAGCGUGAGAGAGAGAGAGAGAGAGAGAGCUUCAGAUCGUGGGCUGUGGGAUAUAAUCGCCCCAGUUUUACUAUUACAUCGAGCUCCCCGGGCCUCCGUUACAACGCCGUUCCGUUCCGUUUCGGGUUCUGAGCUUUUUCUUUUUUCUCUUCUUCCUCGCAUUCUUUUUCUCUGUUUUUUGCUUUUGCGCUUUAUUCGUCGAGUGAAGUAAAGUUCCUUCGUCAGUAAAUCUUGCUUCAAGUUUGCUUCAAGUUCUCGAAGCUAUCUCAAUGGCUCCUUCUCCUCCUCCUCUGGAUCCCAGAGAAGCUCCAAAUCCGAAGCGUUGAGCUUUGUUUGUGUUCGAGAAAGAGCACAAAUCAGAGUAGCAGAGAAGCUUCAGAGCUCAGACUGAAACGACAAGUCAUCGGCAAGUGUGAUCGCCGUAUGCUUCUAGCCACAUAUUGCCCAUCCAAUCGGAGAGCCUCUAACGGUUUUGUGAAAACGACAAAGAAUUUGAAGAGCGUUGGGUGGAAAAGUUAGAUAAUGGGGGCAAUUGGUGGGGAAGAUCUAAUGAAGUGGGAGAAGAUGCAAGGAGCAGGUGCUCGCGAAGAGAAGAUUCUAGUUUUAGUGAGGUUAAGGCCCUUGAGUGAGAAGGAGGUUGCAUCAAAUGAAGUAGCAGAUUGGGAAUGCAUCAAUGACACCACCAUCUUAUACCGAAACACACUGCGGGAAGGGUCUACAUUUCCAACUGCCUAUACAUUUGACAGAGUAUUUCGGGGUGAUUGCUCUACAAGGCAGGUUUACGAAGAAGGAGCCCAACAAAUUGCCCUUUCAGUUGUCAAUGGUAUCAACUCAAGUAUUUUUGCAUAUGGUCAAACAAGCAGUGGGAAAACGUACACCAUGGAUGGUAUAACAGAGUUUACAGUAGCAGAAAUAUUUGACUAUAUACACAGGCACGAGGAACGAGCUUUUGUUGUAAAGUUUUCAGCAAUUGAGAUAUACAAUGAAGCUGUUAGAGACCUCCUAAGUUCAGAUAAUACUCCACUUAGGCUGCUAGAUGAUCCUGAGCGGGGGACUAUAAUAGAGAAAAUCACAGAGGAAGUUCUGAGGGACUGGAGCCAUUUAAAGGAGCUCCUUUCUAUCUGCGAAGCUCAAAGACAGAUAGGGGAGACUGCAUUGAACGAGAAAAGCUCUAGAUCACAUCAAAUUAUUAGAUUGGCAAUUGAAAGUUCUGCUCGUGAGUUUUUAGGCAAGGGAAAUUCGACCACCCUUGCAGCUAGCGUGAAUUUUGUGGACUUGGCAGGAAGUGAGCGUGCAGCUCAGGCAUUAUCAGCUGGGACGAGAUUAAAAGAAGGCAGCCACAUUAAUCGCAGUUUACUUACUCUCGGGACUGUUAUUCGCAAGCUAAGUAAAGGAAGACAUGGACACAUCAAUUACAGAGAUUCUAAGCUGACACGCAUACUGCAGCCUUGCUUGGGUGGUAACGCUAGAACUGCCAUCAUUUGCACUUUGAGCCCUGCACGAAGCCAUGUUGAGCAAACUAGAAACACUCUUUUGUUUGCUUGUUGUGCAAAAGAAGUGACUACAAAAGCACAGGUCAAUGUAGUAAUGUCAGACAAGGCACUGGUUAAGCAUUUACAAAAAGAGCUGGCUAGAUUGGAGAGUGAGUUGAAAACACCUGGCCUUCCUUCCUCAACUUGUGACUACACAACAUUACUUAGAAAGAAAGAUGUUCAGAUAGAAAAGAUGGAUAAGGAAAUUAGAGAGCUGAAAAAGCAACGCGAUCUUGCUCAAUCACGGGUGGAGGAUUUACUACGGAUGGUUGGAAAUGAUAAUGAUUCAAGACAAGCUUCAGACAAUCAUCAUCCUAAAUGGCAAGCAGGGGAUGUUUCGGAUGAUGAAUAUUCAGUAUCAUCAGGUGUGGUUGAUUCUCAUUAUCCGAAUGGUGUCAGAAAGUUCAACAAUCCACAUUUUGAUGAAAGAGACAGGGAGAGCAGUCCUGAGGAAACUGCAGGUGGAACUGCAGAAAAUACUGAUGACUACUGCAAAGAAGUUCGCUGUAUUGAGAUGGAAGAGCCAAGCUGGGACAAGAACUCUGGAUCCCCUGCCUUAUCUACUAUUGGCAAUGAAGGAACAUCUGCUUUGACAUCUGGGGAUACAAGGGUAACAGGUCAAGAAUUGAUAUCUACCCCAGUGAAUGCAGAUGGAGAAGGGAUUCAGUUGCAAAAUGGUUUUGCAUAUGGCACAUUGGAGCAGAGACUACAUGAUGUACAAAUGACCAUUGAUUCUCUUGGUAGUCCUUACCCUGAAGAAUCAUUUCCGCAUGAUAUUUCAGCAAAUAUGUCAAGUUCUAGAAGCCUAAAGUUAACUAGGAGCUGGAGUUGUAGAGCAAAUCUCAUGACUGGCUCAUCUUCUCCAGAUAAAUUGGAGAGAACCCCACCUAAUGGGUUUGAGAAAAGCUUUCAUGGGAGACCAGAAAGUUUUGGGAGGAAGGUUCCUCUAUUACAUUAUGAUUCCAACAGAAGGUUGUCAAGAAAUGAUUCUCAAUCUUCCCUUGGGAGUGCUGUGGAUGAGCUAGGAGCACAGACUGCCGAUGAAGAUAUUACUAGUGUCCAUACUUUUGUCGCAGGACUAAAGAAAAUGGCCAAAAAGCUUGAGUAUGACAAACAACUUGCCAAUGGUCAGGACCAAGAGACUGGGGUAGCAGCUGUAAACUUUGAGAAGAAUGUGAAAGAUGUAGGAAUAGAUCCAAUGCUGGAAGCAUCAGAAACACUUGAUUGGCCUCUGAAAUUUGAGAGACAGCAGAGGGCCAUACUUGAACUUUGGGAAAGGGCCAUACUUGAACUUUGGGAAACUUGCUACAUAUCAGUGGUCCACAGAACCUACUUUUUCUUGCUCUUCAAAGGUGAUCCAACGGAUUCCAUUUACAUGGAGGUAGAGCUUAGGAGACUCUCUUUCCUCAAGGAGACCUUUUCCCGUGGAGAUCAUGCUGUGGAAGAUGGUCAGGCGCUCACACUGGCUUCAAGUUCUACGGUUCUCACCACCGUCACUCGUUUUACUUCUGCUCGUUCUACUUGGGUGGCUCUUGAAAAACGUUUCGCCUCUCCGAAUCAAAAUUGGAUUUUGCAGCUUUGUAGUGAACUCUUCUGUGCUGCUCGUGGUGACUCCUCCAUUGCUGAUUACUUGGACAAGGUCAAUGCUAUUGUCGACAACCUCGCGUUAUCUGGUUCUCCUCUUCCUGACUCCGAUCUUCUUGCUGUCAUUAUGAAUAAUGUUGGGCCCUUAUAUGAGUCUACUGUUGCGUCUACUCAAGCCCGUGAAACCCCUAUUACCUAUGCUGAUCUUGAGGCUCUCUUGCUCUCUGUUGAACAGUGCCAUCUUGCGCUCCAUGCUUCUGCUCGCGAUGGUCCUGCCACUGUGAUGAUUGCUGCCCAUGGUCGUGCUCUUUCUCAUGGUCGCAGUCGUGGUAGUGGCAACUUUUCUUUCCGUGGCGGCCAUUCUGGUGGUUCUGCUCUGUGGUAUGGUUCUUCCUCUACUACUGGACAUCCUGGGUUUCGUGGCUCUUCCUCCUCUCCUGGUUCUGGUCGUGCUUCUUCUUCUUCUCCUGGUGGCUCCUCUUCGCAGCCUAGUGUUUUGGGUCCUCCUCCUGCGGCUGCUUCUAGUUUUUCCUCACCUUCUGCUUCCUUUUCCGGUUCACGUAUUUGGUGCCAAAUUUGUGGACGUUAUGGGCAUUCUGCUUUAGAUUGCUACAAUCGUCUCAACUUUUUGUACGAAGGUCGGGUGCCUCCUCAACACCUUACUGCCAUGACUGCUCAACAAUCCUCUUCUCCUCGUCCUCCUGAUUGGGUUGUGGAUACUGGGGCCAACUCUCAUAUCACCAAUGAUUUGGGAAACUUGUCUCUUUCCCCGAGAAUAUCAUGGCCAUGA